GAACGAUUCCUGCCCGUCUUCACGGCGUCGUGCGUAACGAGGAGACUCUUCCGGGUCCUCGUCGUUGACCAAACGGUGUGAGAGGUCACGGCGCGUGUUUCUUUUUUUUUUUCUUAUAAACUUUCGUUUCGUCGAGCUAGCCCGCUAGUGGCACGCACCGCGAUGGCUUUCUUGAGUUUGUUCAUGAGAAGGCAGCUGCCGCCGGCCGUGUGCCGGUUCGCCCGCACGCUGAGGCCGGGGCGUCCCCCCGCGGCCCCGCUGAGGAGGCUGCACGGCUCGGGCCGGCUGCGGUUCGGAGAGACGGACCCGUGGGGGAGGGUCCGCGGGCCGGGGCAGCACCAGCUGUCGGACCUCGACAAGGCGGACGCUUUGAUGCUGAGAAAGUCCCACGAGACAGGAUUCCUCUCGUGGUUCAGGAACGGUCUGCUGGCGACCGGCAUUGGCGUCAUCUCAUUUGUCCAGAGCGAAGUGGGACGUGAGGCAGGAUAUGCCUUCUUCAUCCUGGGCGGUGUGUGCGUGUCGUUCGGCGGGGCCUCGUACAUCGGCAGCCUCUUUGCCUUUCGCCGGAUGAUGCUGCUGUCGGUGCCGGCGCUGCUGCUCCAGAGCGCCGUGGUGGGCAGCGUCGCCCUCUUCUGGCUGUGCGCGGUGUCCCUCUACAUCGGCCGCCUGGAGGUGGAGAUCAUCCACGAUGAGGAGGAGGACGACGAGGGGGCGGAGGAGGGGAGGGAGGACGAGGGGGAGUGCCGGGAGUGCCGGGAGAGGCGCGAGCACCGGGGUUACCGUGGCUCCCACAGCGGUGCCCAUCACGGCAGGGAGGACAGUGACAGCAAGGGGCCCAAGAAGUAGACCCCUGCGCUGCAAACAGUGUGUGUGUGUGUCUUUUCUUUAGGGCUCCCUCCGUGUGUAUGUGUGUGUGCGUGUGUGUGUGUGUGUGUGUGCAGGCAAGAAGCCCACAUAUCCAUAUGUGGGCUGCGUGACUCCAUAAUGACACAGACGCGUUGCUCACUGUUAUGUUGAUGUUGUCGUUAAGGUCAAUGAAGACUUUUAAGACCUUUUUGGAAAACUGCUCAGAAAAUGUUGACAUUUUGGUAGUUCUGGGGAUAUAAUCUGAUCUAUUCAAAACACUUCUUCACUUGCGUUGUCAAUCCGUCUGAAAAAGGUAUUGAUUUGUUGCUCGCAUUGCAGGAACAGUGCAAAGGCUCAGUGAGAACAUCGUACAGUAUGUCUGUUCAUGUUUGGUUUUCAUGCGAUUACCACGCGGCCAACUGUAGUUUCAUUUGUCCAGUUCGACAUAAUCUACUCUGACUACUUGAAGUUUUUAUACAAUGAAAUACAUUGUUGUGAUAUCUGGAAAGAAUGUUCACAUUAUAUGCACGUUUCAGGUAUGUUGUUUUAUCAAUGAGGGCUCACAAUGGUAAUUAUUAUUUUCUUACAGAGGUUGCCCUGUUGUUUUUUUGUUAUGUUUUUAAUGUUUAUUAUGGGUAUUAGCCUUUUUGUCAGUUGUUCGUUAGUAGAUUUUGUAAAAUAUUUUUCGCAGCUUUUGCUGUGGCUUUAUGUACAGUACCUAAAUGUAACCAUAAAUCAUUUGACUUCUUGAGUGACUUUCACACUAUCUGGUGUUCCCUAUAGUUGCUGUUUUAUUGGACGUAAAGAUAGUGAAUUUGUGUGGGGGAAUUGGUUUCACUUUUAUACCUCUUAUGUACAUAGAAUAAUAAUGCGAGAAGAAAUCUAUGCUGACACAGGGUGAACAUUUCGCACUCGUCUGUAAUUUGCUUUUCACGUUUAAGUAGACGCGGGCUUCCCCACCGGCGGGCCGACAGUCACCGGGUAGAUCUGAAGGGGAAGAGACGAGCGUCUGCUUGCCAAAUAAUCCACACCUGCUCAACUAGCCCCAUAUUAGCUUUUUUUUAAGUGUACUUCUGUAUGAUUUUACCUGCGGCGUUGCAUGAGGACAUUGCUUUAUUUUAAAAGUGUGAUAGAGCCAAAAGCGUUGAGAGUUAUUUAAAUGGCCUAUUGUUUUUUCGUCAUUUAAAAUUAGUCGGGGAAUAUUCGCAACCAAGGUGAAACCUGAAUUAUGACCUGACCCUGAUUAUUUUAAGUUUUAAUUAGAUCGUGCAUUUUGCUGAAUAGCUGUGUUUAGUGGAAUGAAACUCAGUGGACACAUACAUCAUUGUAGUAUUCCUGGAUGCUACUUGUAAUUGUUGAUUUCUUGACCUCUCAUUGUAUAACAAACCUUUUCAUUUAUAGCGGAAUGUAUUCAUUGUAAAUCAAGAGGCGUUUAGAGUUGGGUGCAGAAACAACAAUAAACUAUUCAGGAGGC